UGAUGUAGGUGUCGUCGACUCUCCCCUUCUCCCCCUGUGGCGUUGUGCAGCUGUCCCCAUUUUGCUUCCCCUUCCAGAGUUCCAGCCUUCCAGGUUCGAUUAGUGAGUCCUGCAGUCCGCCAGUCCGCCGAGCCACCUCCUCCGCCACCGAGCCACCUCCACAGCUCCACUGCGAGUCUGCGACUUCCGCAGUUUCAAGGCUUCAAUCCAGAUCCCAGGUCAUUCUUGCUACAAUUUCUUUCGGCCUUGGUGUGAAAAGGGAGUCGAGACUGAUAAUCUUACGAGAGUUUGCGUGGUUGAUUGCAUGAGUCCAGAUUACUGAAACACAUUAGUACUUGGAGGUUUAGUUCAUUCCAUUAGCUCUACCCCUACCUAGUAGAAGUACCCAGAUCCAGAAAAUGGCAGGGGAAGAUGAGGACUUACCAAGAGACGCAAAGAUUGUGAAGACGCUAUUAAAAUCAAUGGGUGUGGAGGAAUAUGAACCUCGCGUUAUUCACCAAUUCUUGGAGCUAUGGUAUCGGUACGUGGUCGAUGUACUCAGUGAUGCCCAAGUUUACUCUGAUCACGCGGGCAAGGGUGCGAUUGAUUGUGAUGAUGUCAAGCUUGCCAUUCAGUCCAAGGUCAAUUUCAGCUUCUCGCAACCCCCUCCAAGGGAGGUUCUACUGGAGUUGGCCAGAAACAGGAACAAAAUUCCAUUACCAAAAUCCAUCUCAGGGCCUGGUGUGGCGCUACCACCUGACCAGGAUACCUUGAUCAGCCCAAAUUAUCAAUUGGCAGUCCCUAAGAAACGACCAGCUCAAGCAGUUGAAGAAAUGGAAGAGGAUGAAGAAACUGUUGAACCCAAUCCACCCCAAGAGCAGAAGCCUACUGAUAUACCGCAGAAUACAUCCCAAAAGGUAUCUUUUCCCCUUGCUAAACGCACCAAGUGAAGCUAUAUAUGGUAUGUAAGGGAAGAAGCCGCUGUUCGUUUUGGUCUAGAGAAGCGAGAUCAAACUAUUGUUGACUCGUCACAAAUGCUGAUUUGUAAUGAUACUUAUACAUGUAGUAGAAUGUAAACAUCAUGCCGUUUAGUUCUGGUAUCUGUUCCUUUUACAAUGAUAAUGCUUGGACGCUGUGGUUUUAAGGAUUACUUGUCAUGUACUACAAUCCCCACAUUCAAAGAAGAAAUAGACUGCAGAUCAA